UCGUUCCUCAGUAACGCGAGCGCCUUCACAGAGUGUGGUGCUUCGUUUCGUGCCGCUCGUAUCGUUCGUUGUUCUGUGACACGUAGCGCGCGGCGGUAACGCGUUUAUCGUUUCUCUUUCUUUGUCCGUCGAUCGUGUGGAUACAUAACAGUGCUACGCUCUCAGUGUUUGUACCGAGCGCGCUUCCAUCGCGCGUACGUAAACAACGCAACGAGACGAGUGUUGAGUGAUCGAGAGUAGGCGUCUUAUUGCCGCGCGUCGCACAUACAGUUACGUGAUAAACAGAGAUCGAACGAAUCAGUGGGAAAAACGGUGUUUAUUCGGAAGUAUCGCGGAGUGGAAUCACCGGCGUCGGCAAAGUUUUUCAUAUUGCCGAAGCGCGCGCCGCGCGACGAGAAUGCCGAGGCGCGUAACGCAGUCGGUCGGGGAGCAGCGGCGUGCUCGCGCCGGCUUGGUUUUCGGGUCGCCGAGCGGCGACUGAGGGGGGCCCACGGAGAGGGAGAGAAGGGAUGCGAAGGAUCCCGCGGGAGCAGCAGCAGCAGCAGCAGCCGGCGCGGAGUGUGAAGGUAACAACGGGCUGCGUGGGUGGAAUAGAGGAAUAGGGAGAAAAUUGGCGAAUCCAGGUGCGAGGAUGGCCGGCUGGCGAACAGCGCUGAUCUGCGACGUAGGUGCUGCUGCGCGUCGCGACGCCGACCACCACGACGUGACGGCCACGUGCCGCAGCGGACGCGUCGUCGACGGCCAGUGGUAUUAACUCUCUCUCCCCCUCUUUUUGUGUUGGGUGAUUGCGUGCCGCGAGUAUGUCGUAACCGCGCGUUCGGGGAACACGCGAUCCGGAGUGUACUCGUCGUUAUAUUCAGGUUUUGACGUAUAAACAGCGCGCGCGCACUCACGCCUAUAGAUUAGGAGCGGCUUGAAGUGAGGAGCGAGAGGUGUGACCGGCGAAUUGCAGCCGACCGAUGUAAGUGUGCAAUCGCAAUAUUGCGCGGGAGUGAGAAGCGCGCUAGGGAAGAGAGAUUCGUCUCGGAAAAGUUUCGCGGGAAGGAGGCUGGUCGCGGAAGGACGCGAACAGGUGGCCGUUUCUUCAUACGUGGGAUAAUAUAUAAGAGACUUUUCGUGUGACUGGCUGGUCUCUCCGUUAUCGCUCGCGAAUUCAGGACGAGACGAAUUCUUCGACAGUGAAGGUGAUCGUGUAACGUGCAACACGAUAAGAAAGUUCGAAACGUCCGCCACGACAUCGUCCGUCCGGUGUGCAUACUGAGAUAACACGUGCUUGCUCCUCGUUCAUCUUUGCCCCCAGGGGCAUACUCAUGCUUCCUACAAUGUGCAGUGAUACAUAACAUCCCCUUCGCAGUGAUCGUGACAGAAAGAUCGAGUUGAUGUAACUUAAAGUCGUCGAUACUUGAAUAGUUUUAAAAGUGUAUUCAGUUUUGCAGCGCUUCGAAGACUAAACAUUCGAAAGUGACACAUGUGAAAGACGCAAGAAACGCGGUGCAGUGGCUGGCACGUGGUGCGGUUAAGACGUGAUCAGAUCAAACUCUGUCGCUCGAGAUCGAAGAAGAACGGGAGCGAGAGCCCGUUCGGAGGAGAAGAGGAGUGCGAAAGAAAGCAAAACACGGAGGCAUUGUGCGACUACCGAAAGCAGGGCAGAAGGAAGAAAGAAGGGUGAAAGAGAAAGCGGGAUAUCAUCGAGAAGAUAGGGAAAGAGACAGAGAGGGAAGAGAAGAAGGAACGCGCUUCGCACUCUAGUCUAAACCCCGGCGGGAGUUCGAGGAGAGGGUGAAGGGCGUCGUGGAGGGGGGAGUAAUGCCGGCGGUGAGCGUGGCACAGCGCCCUCCAGGUGGAAUCUCACUCCACGCCGGCGUGCCGGUAGCGCCCAGCAGCGUAACCGCCCCCGGUCCGUCGGGCCGGUGCCUCGGGGGCCCGGCAGCACCCCCCGCCGGCUCGCCACCGCUGCCGCCGUCCUUGCAAUCCCUCGGCGGCGGCGUCGCCACUAAUAGCAACAGCAACAUCAACCCCAACAGCAUCAACCACAGCAACAAUAAUACCGUACUCGGUGGCGGCAAUCUCAACAACAAUCACCAUCUCGGCAACAACGCUCUAGGUAUCAAUACGGCGAGCGGCGCCACGAAUCCUUUACAGGCGAUGGCGUCGGCGGCGGCGUCGCUUACUCAACUCAACAACAUGGCAAACGGCCCGCUGCCGCCGCUCGCGGGUACAGGCCCGACCGGGCCCCCGAGUCUACCGCCGCCGCAGCCGGCGACAACGCCGACGCACGGCGGACCGCACCCGCACGGCGUAAGCGCGGCGCCUCAUCUGAACGGCGCGUCGCCGAGCCCUCAUCCGUUGCCACCUCAUGGCAUGAUGAGCGGGUCACCGCACACGCCUCAUCCGCACAUGGGAGGUGGCGGACCCUCGCCCCAUCCCCAUCAUCCGGGACCCCACAUGGUCGGUUCGCCGCAUCACCCAGCAGCGCCCCAUCCGAUGGGCCCGGCCGGUAUGAUGGGACCGGCCGGUAUGCAGCCCCAAGGUGCACCUGGCAUGUGCGGACCGGGACCCAGCGGUCCGAUGGGUCCGCACGCGCAUCCUCAGGGACCGGGAGUACCUGGACAGCCACACAUGCACACGAAUGAUCCAUUUUUCUGUUCGCCUUUCGGAUCUCAUUACUUCAGAUCGUUGCCUGUCCCCAGGAGGCAUACCCCAGGUUAUGGCUACAGCCAGCCGGACUACAGGCUCCACGAGUUGAACAAGAGGUUAUCGCAGCGCACGGAGGAGAGUGACAACCUUUGGUGGGAGUCCUUCGCGAACGAAUUCUUCGAGGAGGACGCCACGCUCACCCUCCACUUCUGCUUAGAGGAUGGACCGAAACGAUACUCGAUAGGAAGGACGUUAAUACCAAGGUACUUCCGCUCGAUAUUUGACGGCGGAGUGACGGAACUUUAUUACACACUGAAGAAUCAGAAAGAGUCGUUUCAUAACACCAGCAUAACUUUGGACUGUGAUCAGUGCACGCAGGUCACACAGUACGGAAAGCCGAUGUUCACCAAGGUGUUAACGGAGGGCAGGUUAGUAUUGGAGUUCACCUUCGAUGACCUCAUGAGGAUAAAGUCGUGGCACAUGUCGGUGAGGGCGCAUCGGGAAAUGAUACCGAAAAAUGCGCUUGUCAGCAUACAGCAGGACCCGGCGAUGAUGGAGCAGCUCACCAAAAACAUCACCAGGCAGGGCAUGUCUAACGCUACCCUUAACUACCUUAGACUGUGCGUGAUCUUGGAACCAAUGCAGGAACUCAUGUCGAGGCAUAAGGCGUAUGCUUUGUCACCUCGUGAUUGUCUGAAGACUACCUUGUUCCAGAAAUGGCAGAGGAUAGUUGCCCCGCCGGAAUCGCAGCGACCAGCUAGCAAAAGAAGAAAGCGAAAGGGUAGUACCUCAGGACCGGGUAACAACGCUCCACCCGCACCCAGUAAAAAACGUUCCCCAGGGCCAAAUUUUUCCUUAGCGUCGCAGGAUGUGAUGGUCGUUGGAGAACCAUCUUUGAUGGGAGGUGAGUUUGGAGACGAAGACGAACGGUUAAUCACAAGGUUGGAGAACACGCAAUAUGACGCUGCAAACAAUCUGGAUCCUCAUAGUCACGACGCAUCUGGUGGUCCACCGCCCCAUCCUCAUCAGUUCCACUCGGAACCGACACCGGGCAAUUCCUGGCCGCCAGAUCGCGGUCCUGGUCCACCACAGGGUGGUCCUGGCAGUCAGGGAGUGCAAGGAGGUCAAGCGGGUGCAGCUGCAGGUGUUCAGGGAACGCAAGACGCCAGUCAACAACAGCAAGACAAGAAGAGCCCCGCAGUGAGCCAGUGAGGCCAGGAGUCCCCGCGCCCCCCC